AUGUUUCUUCUCGAUCACUACGGCCACGCCAACACCCACGUCCACGCCAACACCCACGUCCACGCCAACACCCACGUCCACGCCAACACCCACGUCCACGCCAACACCCACGUCCACGCCAACACCCACAUCCACGCCAACACCCACGCCCACGCCAACACCCACGCCCACGCCAACACCCACGUCCACGCCAACACCCACGUCCACGCCAACACCCACGUCCACGCCAACACCCACGUCCACGCCAACACCCACGUCCACGCCAACACCCACGUCCACGCCAACACCCACGCCCACGCCAACACCCACGUCCACGCCAACACCCACGUUCACGCCAACACCCACAUCCACGCCAACACCCACAUCCACGCCAACACCCACGUCCACGCCAACACCCACGUCCACGCCAACACCCACAUCCACGCCAACACCCACGUCCACGCCAACACCACGCCCACGCCAACACCCACACCACGCCAACACCCACUACUCUCACUCCCCACGUCCACGCCAACCACGCCCACGCCAACACCCACACCCACGCCAACACCCACUACUCUCUCAUCCCACGUCCACGCCAACACCCACAUCCACGCCAACACCCACAUCCACGCCAACACCCAC